AAGCGCAUGCGCAGUGGCACCCGGGAAAGGAUUAGGGAGGCAGGCGCCAAUGGGUUGGAAGCGACGGGAGCCGUGGAGGGUAGCUGGUGCUGUUACCAUGGUUGUUUGGACGUGUUGAAAACUGCGUUGUGAGCUCUUCAUGGAGGUGGAAAGUAAUUCUAGUGUCAGCCAGGACUCUAUGGCUAGCUUCACUGCCGGUGACGUGCUUAUCCGCUCCACCAGCCUCCACACAAAAGAAAAACCCACUGGUGCUUGGACAGCAGCUACUGACUGCAGUAGAAAAAAAGUUAAAAUUUCAGUAAAGAAGCUUCGUGAAGUGGCUUCUCCCUACCAGGCAGAUGAUGCAGCUUUGAUUAGAGACAAAACAUCCUAUAUUCCUCCAGCAUUGUCAGCAAACAAAACUCUGCCGAAUAGAUCAACUGUCACUACCUCCAGCAGCGUUACCCAGGCUGUCCGAAGUAUGUUGGCUGAAAGAAGUUCAGAACAUCUUCUUUCAGUAGAAAAUGAUUUAGAACCCACGCCAUUAUCACAGAAGGAUUACUCUAAGGAAGCUGCAGUAAAAGGAGUUCCUUUGCAAGUAAUGGAAGAUGGAAAUAAACCAGAAGAUGGUGAUAUAUUUAUUUCUCAGUACACUGCUGGUGAGAAAGAAGCUUUACGUGCUGUAUUAAAGCAGAGAACCCAAAACCCUCCUGUAUUUAAGGAGGUGAAGGUACAGCUUUUAGAAAAUGUAUCUGCAGAAAAGAAAGAGAGUACUCAAGAUACCAGAUCAGCACACAGCAAUAUAGAUUCAGCUGCAACCAUCGCGGCAGCCACAGCAGCUGCCAUUGCUACAACUGCUCCACUUCUCAAAGUUCAAAGUGAUUUGGAAGCAAAAGUUAGCUCUGUUUCAGCAUUGCUCAGUAAACUGCAGGAGACAGACAAGCAGCUGCAACGCGUUGCAGAACAGCAAACAAAUAUAAAGGCUCAACAACAAGAGAGAUCCCGUUGUCAUGACAGAGUCAACGAGCUUGAAAAACAGAUGACUGUGUUAAUGGAACAGCGUAUUCAGCAUCUUGAAAAGUUACAACAGCAACAAAUCCAUGUCCAGUCUCAUCUCAUUAGCUCUGCAAUCAACACGGGUGGUUUCCAACCAGUUAACAUACCAUCUUCCAAUUUGGUGGCAAAGCAUUCUACAAACCCAGAACUACAGCAACCACUUACCAACCAAGUCUCUUCAUGUCAUAGGAAUUUAUUCUCUGCCAAUGCUGUGCCCACCCAAGCAUAUUCAAGUCAAUUUGGAAAUUAUGGCGUUCGUACACAGAAAUCGCCUCUGAAGACACCAGCUCCUCGGAGAUAUGCUCCUGUACCUGUAUCAAAAGACGUGAAAAUCUCUCAGAAAAUUUCAAAGAAAGAGAGACCUAUAGCAGAAAAGGAAAAUGUACCCAAAUCAGCAUAUGGAGGUGUUGUGGGUGGAGGGAGACUUUUGGAGCAAAUUCUGAAUUCUCAAGAAACUCCAUUGAGACAAACUGAGUCUUCUGAGAAGUCAUUAUUAAACAACACCAAAAUGGCCUGGCAUUCUGAGAGAGAGUGCAGGCCUCCUGCCCUGCGAACUGACUCAUUCCCUGCCUUUGAAGGCCCCCUCCAAGAUUACAAUUCAAUUAAUAAAACAGUGAAGAAAGCGGAAGAUGUGCUUCAAGAUCUUGGCCAGCUGAAAAGAGAAAUGCAUGGCAUGCUACAGGAAGCAAAAGCAUGGAAAUCAGACAUGAAUGAUUUUGUUAAGCCAACAAACCCUGUUGUUGCACCUAGUCUUGCUGAAUGUCAUCAGGUCUCCAAGCCAUCUAUUCUUCAGACAGUUAAAGCACCAAAAUCCGUGUUGAAGGAUGCCGAAAGGAUUUUAAGAGGAGUACAAAACAAUAAAAAAGUCCUUGAAGAAAAUUUGGAAGCCAUUAUUCGUGCAAAAGACGGAGAUGCCAUGUAUACCUUUAUUAAUGCUUUGACUACAAACAGACAUGUAUUGGAGGAGAUUCGUAUCCGAAAGACGGUAGAUGAGUGGAUUAAAGCAAUCAGUGUGGAAAUUCAGGCAGAAAUGGCAAAAAAUGAUUAUGAGCAAACACAAUAUAAUCAAAAAGAUCCGAAGACUCCAUGGAUCAAGAGAACACAGAACACCAGGGAUAUGAAGACCAACAAAGAAAUUAAAGCAAAAACCAAAAAACCUCAAGGAUCCUUAACAAAGAAGUAUUUAUCUGCUGCUAAGCCUUCUCAGAAGCAGUCAGAGAAUAACUUUGGAAGACAGAGCUUGAGAAGUUACUCAGUUUCUGAAACUUUGCUGAAGAAAGAAGGAAGGGCAGAGGGACCUCUGAAAGCAAGUGCUGUGGUACAAAAUGAAGAGUAUCUGUCCCAGGUAUAUGGGAAACCAAUUUACCAGGGCCACCGCAGCACACUUAAAAAAGCGCCAUAUCUCAGGUUCAACUCUCCUUCUCCGAAAUCCAAACCUCAAAGACCAAAAGUUAUAGAGUGUGUUAGGGGUACUAAGGUAAAGUCAGCAAGAACACAAACCAACUCUUGCACACAGAAAGUAAUAAUCAGUCCUAAGAGACAGCAUCCACUUUCUGCACCCCUUAAAGAAAGCCAGUAUCUUUUCAGCCCCAGCAAAGAAAUGCCUGACUUGUCCGGUCCACUUGAAGGCCAUCUAAUUCCUAUGGCUAUUCCAUUAGGUCAAACGCAAAUUAAUGGCAUCUCACUACAGCCUGCUGGAGUCGUCAUAGGUAAACCACACCCUGUUACAGUGACCACCUCUGUUCUUCCAGCUUCUCCAAAACCACAACCUAAGCUAAAGAAACCCAACAUAGCAGUAAUAGAGAUGAGAUCAGAAAAAAAGGACCCUCCUAAACUCACUGUGCAGGUAUUACCGAAUGUAGAUAUUGACAGUAUUUCAAAUGACAGUGUGACUAUAAACCAGGCUUCUACAAGCUCUGAAGCAGCACUUCUUCCUGUCAGCAGUCUGAUUCAGGGUCCAGAACAAACUCAGUAUGAGGAGGAAGAGCUAAAGUUCCCAGGAACUAAUUUUGUUGAUGUUACUGAUAUCAUUCAGGAUCAGGAGGAGGAGGAUAGAAUCCCAGAAUUGUCUGAACCAAUCCUGGAAUUUAAUAGACAAACUGAAGUUGUUUCUCCAAAAUAUAAUGGCCCUCCGUUUCCCCCAACUGCUCCUGCUUCUCAACAGCCAGCUGAUAUUCUGGAUGAAAUCAUUGAAAGGAGGGAAACUUUAGAAAAUAGGUUGAUUAGCUGGGUGGAACAAGAAGUAAUGGCACGAAUUAUUAGCGGGAUGUACCCCGUCCAGCAGGAAAGAGUGCCCAGUGUGAGUGCAUCAGACAGUGAAGAGAGUGAGGCUGUAACCUCUGACGUUGUUGAGGCAGCAGGUGGUGGAGGAUUUCAGCUCUUUGUCAGCGCUGGUGUGCCAGUGAACUCAGAAAUGAUUAGUCAUUUUGUGAAUGAAGCUCUUACUGAGACUAUUGCCGUCAUGCUGGGUGACAGGGAGGCUCAGAAAGCAGUUCCUGCUGCAAAUGUUCUUCAAAGCACGACAGUCUUGCCAGAGUCUGUGGUGUCUACUCCAUUGGCUACACCACCUCAUACACCAUUUCCUGAAAAAGAACCAGCUCCAGUAAAAACUCCAGUUUCUUCUCCGUCUGUGACAGAAAUUAGUGGAGAUGUUGGGGAACAAGAACAAAUGACAGAAAAAGGAUUUGACAUUCCAGCUGCCACUACUCCUAUUUGCACACCUGCUGUUACUCCAGUUGAUACACCUCCUAGAGUAACUACUCCAAGCCCUCCUGUAUCAGAACAUGGCUCUGAUGCAACAAGAAUGGGAAGCCCAGAACCGCCAAAUCCAUGGGGUGAUGCUGAGCUUCCUCUGGAUGAGGAAAAACCCAGUCCUUUGAAUGAAGAAACUCUCCAUCCAAGAGCUGUUGUAAUGUCUGUGGCUAAAGAUGAAGAACCAGAGAUGUUGAUUUUACCUUCUCCUGAACCAGUUAGACCCGUUGAGUCACUUCCUUGUGAACCAAGGGUCCCAUCUCCUGUGCAUACUCCUAGUUCUGGCCCAUCAACACAUGAAAGCAGCCUAACUGUCACAGAAACAGAAACUGCAGACAAGCCUAUCUCAGAAGGCGAGGUCUUAUUUAGCUAUGGACAGUUGGUGGCUGCAAGAGCGUUAGCAGAAGGAGGACUGUCUCUUCCAAACCUCAGUGAAAGUUUAACUAGCACGCUACAUGAUGCAAAUGAAAUGGAUUACGAUCCUCCCAGUGAAGGACAGGUCAUGAGAAGACCCCUUAGGGGAUACCACAGAGAUCCGAUUCUCUCUCUUUUUGCUAAACUAAAUCAGGCACCAGUUGCUUUACACGAAGUAAUUUACCACUCUGAGGAUUCUGAUAAUAGUGUUGGAGAACUUAGUGAAGGCCAAAGACCUAGACUGACUAGAGCAGCAGAAAGUAUUCUGAUGGGACAUUCAGUUUAUACAGACCAGGUGGCUGGGCUGGUUACUGAACAGAGACCCCACCGUGUACCAUCACCAGGAGAGUGUGACAGGGUUACAGCAGAACUUCUUGGAGAUGCUGCAGAUGUUAGUCAUGGUCCAAUGAGCAUGGCUGAAUUGGAGUCUCAGCCACUCCUAAACCCUGCUCCUCAAACAGCACAAACAAAUAACAGACUAACAUCUCUAUCAGAAGAUCUUCCAGAGAAGCAGAGCCAAAAGGUUGUGCAAGUUGAACCAGUACGAUCCCGAGUCAUUCAUGUGAGAAAUAAAUCUGAAGUAACACAGCAGCAAGAAGCAUUCAGAGGCGCCAGCCACUAUGAGGGCCCUUCUGUGCUAAGUGCUGUACAAACACGUAAUUCCCAAGGAGACAUGGAUCGGACACAUGUUGAGCCCAAUAUGUACCUCACAUUGUUACUUAAAGGAGAGGAAACUGUACCACAUUUAAGUUCACUGACUUCUCCAGCGAAGAUGUCAGUGAUGCUGCCUUCCGUGAAUAUAGAUGACCAGACGCAAAGUAUCAGUACGGUACAUGGGGAUUCAGACUCUUCAGGAACAGAUACAUUUUAAAACAUGGGGUUUUUAACAGUCUCACAUAUCUGAAAAUUUUCUAGGGAAGUAUUUUUUCUAGCUAGUGUUAUAAUCCAUAUAUUUUUGGCAUGAAAUCUCUCAGUACUGUUUUUUUUCUACUUACUGUGUUUUGUAAUUUUGUAUUCAUUGGAAUGUAAAUCUAGAAAACUAUUUUAUUGUGGAUAUAUAUAAAAUAUUUUAAACAAAAAUAAAAAUGUAAUUUUUCAGCAUUACUAGGGAUUAAAUGGCCCUCACUCUUAUUUAUUUGAAAAUGCAUUUAUAUGUUGAGUAUUUGAGUAUGAAGGAGAUCUGUAUUAUAGACUUCUUUAAUUCCCUGGCAAAAUUCCCAUUGAUUUCAAUGGGUAAAGGAUUGGGGCCUAUCGUAUGUCUCAAAGGCCUUUGAAAUUAUUUUGAUCUCUAUGAAGAAAUAUACAAAUCAAUGGGAUUUCUUGACAGAUCUUUUGAAAGAAACAGGCUAAGCCACAACACAGCAAAACAAGGAAACACAGCUUUGGAGAGGAAGAAUGCAUGAAUGACUCUGCCAUAAGUUGAAUAUUCUGGUUAGCUGGUAUAUAGAGGCCAUUGUAACAGAAUGGAUUUUCAGUUAUUGAAAAGGGAGUUUGGAAGUAAAAUAUAUUUGAAAACCAAGUAUUGAAAGAUUAUGUUCUUAAAUGUGUUGAGCAGUUUUGAUUCACUCCUAAAACUCUCCUAACAAACAAUAAGGCAACACAAACACAAUUGCCUUCUUUGUUGUUUUACUACAUGUAUUUCUUCUUGCAAGCUUUAUUAUAUUUUUUCAAUAUUUUGGCAUGUAAGUUUCUUUAGAGUUGUUUUUCAUCCUUGAACUGUGAUUGUAUGAGAGAGAUGGAAAUCUUUAAAAGAUUAAAGAAUACAAAUAAAACAAAUUCAAAUUAUGUGACAAGAAACGUCUUAACUAGUCACAGUCCUCAAAAAAAAUCCAGUGUUCUCCCUUUAAAAAUAACAGCUACCAUCACCCUCUGGAGAGAUUAUUCAGUUUGUUUAUGGAGCAACGACAAUGUGUUCAGUACUGUACAAAAUAUCGAGGAAGUUGUGAUCCUUGCCCAAGGGAGCUUCUAAUCUAAAUGAAAUAAUUUGGAUGCAUAACACUUCAAGUACAGACAUCAGCAGGCAGUGCAAACUCUUUGUACCUUUGCUCUAUUCUUUAUCCUAUCUGUGCCUACAAUGUGAUAUCCCUGGAAAGUCUGGGAUAUCACAGCUCUUGUAAGGCACCAGGGGUAUCAGGGAACCUCUCAAGUGGCAAGGAAACAAUCCCUUCCUUUUUUAAUAGGUUGUAUAUACCUCACUGUGACUUUGAGGCAUAUAACAUCACUUUAUCAGCUGCAGCUUCACUCCAUCCUUUAAUCACCUGCAGAUACGCUGCUGCCAUGAACAAUUCCUGUAUGCAGUGUAGCUGUAGCCAUGUCAAUCUCAGGAUAUUAGAGAAACAAGGUGGGUGGGGUAAUAUCUUUUAUUGGUGGGAGAGACAAACUUUUGAGCUACACAGAGCUCUUCAAGUCUUUGAAAGGUACUCCCAGCGUCACAGCAACAUGCAAGGUGGAAUGGUUUCUGUCAAUCACAUUUUAGGUCGAGCUAUGGUAUGUGUAGCUACUUGUUCUGUUUUGAUACUGUUGACCAUGAGGUUCUUUUGACAUGGCUUCAAUCUCUUGCAAGGAUAAAUAGAGAGAGAAUAGAAAUUACUGAGCCAUCAAGCUCAGAGGUAUCCCAGAAGGUUCUGCUCCAGGGGCUCGCUCACUGGGGUACUACAGAUAGUAACAGGUUUACAGUGGCGCUGGGCCCACACUCAGGCUAUGUCUACACUACCGCAAUAAGUUGACCUAUGCUACAGAACUCCAGCUAUGUGAAUAACCAGCUGGAGUCGACAUACCUUAGGUCGAGUUACUGUGGGGUCUACACCGCGGGGGGGGUCGAUGGGAGAAAAUCUCCAUCAACUUACCUUACUCUUCUCGUCGUGGUAGAGUACAGGGGUCGACUGGAGAGCAAUCUGCAGUCGAUUUGGUGGGUCUUUACUAGACCCACUAAAUCGACGUCCAGUGGAUUGAUCUCAGAGCAUUGAUCCCAGCUGUAGUGUAGAUCUGCCCUCAGAAGGGACCCCAGUGCCUGGACUGUGGCCCCAUCCCCCCUCCCCGUGCUCCACCUUCAGGCCCUGCCCUAACUUGGCCUCUUCCCCACCGAGGUCCCACUGCUGCUUGUUCGUCUCUGCCCCUUCCCGCCAUGCGAACAGCAGGCAGGGCUCGAGGGGAAGAGGCCAGGCGGGGCCUCAAGGUGGAGCACAGAUAAGGCUUUGGGGGGAAGAAGCUAAGCGGUGACACAGCCUUGGGGCAGAGCAGGGGGUGGGGCCAUGGUGCGGACACCAGGGCCCACAAAAGAUUAAUUCAGCCCUGACUACAAAGCGCUGUUUUUUAUUCUUUCUGUCAUACCUGUAGGUGGGGAUGCUAACGAAGGCAAUGAAGCACUUUGGGCAUUUUUCUGGGUCUUGCAAAGUAAACAUUGAUAAAAAUAAACCACAAGGUAGCAUUUCAUUGAGAGCUUGACUACUGGGAUUUGGUUCUCAGUGUUUUGAGGAGCACAUAGGCCAGCAGUGCUGCUUGGAGGGGGAGUGGUGGUGGUUGGGAGGCGUUCGUGGCUGAGGGAUGUGUAGGUUUGGUGCAUCCCUACUGAAUGGAUCCUAAGGCGUCCCAAAUAGAAUUCCUGAAGUAGGGUGGAUGCAGUGGUGCAACGCCUCUCAAAGGUCAAUCUCCUUUUCAUUCAUGGUGCAGCAAACCUGGCAGCCCCAAGGAGAUGUGAUCUGCACUUCUCUGUGCCAAUGAGGGAGAAGCUGGUAUACUCCAUGUAGAUCAUUUUAUGAAUGAGCAUUUAGGAAAGUGUGUAUAAGAAUUUGGGAACUAGCUAGUAGCUACAUUUGUGUUUUUUUUGUUUUGUUUUGUUUUAUCUGACCAUCUUUGAAAAGGGAAAAUGAUCAACCUACUUUCUUGAAUUUAAUGUCAUGCUUGAGAUACCUGUAACUUUCUGUCCUCAAGUUUAAAAUGGAGAGUACAUAUUCUGUGAGCACAGCCAGGAUGUGAUAAGGAAUUCAUCUUUGUGUAUCAGAGUUCCAUUUUCUUUCUAUAGCUCUUACAAAGAUAAAUGCAUGUUUCUCCUAGUCAUUUGCAAAACUGAAAUAGCAUGAUUUUCAAGACUGCUGUAUGGAUUUCUUCCAAGCAAGUCCUUGGAGUAUGUCAUCAAAGUCUAUCAUCAUCAAAUAGCAUUUCAUCCAGUGGAAGUAUAAAAAUGCAAGGUCAGUGUAGCUAUAUUUUGCAGUUAAUUCUCAGAAUGCAUGGUUCAUUUCUUGGUUUAAGUUAACUUGUGGUGGAAUUUGUUUGAUUUUUGUGACUAUACCUCCUGUUUUGAAGAGAGAUGUUCAUGUACUCGAGUUGCAGCCUCCUAAAGUGAAAAGUUGAAGUGUCUAAAGUAUCUGUUUUAGCAAGUCAUCCUGUUCUGACUUUGGUAAGUACAAUGAGACAACUUACAUUCAGAAUCUGGUAAUUGCAAUCCAUUUUUCUAGAGGGAAAAAAAGUCAUACUCCAGAAACAGUGCCAAAUAAAUAAAAUAGGAAACUGAGGCUGUCUCCACAAAAAGAUGCACCAAGAGUGUGCAAGCUUCCUUACCCGAAGAUGGGAACCACAGUCCCACUCUUGUAUUUUACUCCUUUUGGACAGAACCCUGCAGCCUCAUUAAGUGCCAGUGAAGUCAGUGCCAUGUAACCAGUCUCAGGAUUGGCACAUAAAAUGGCUGUUACUGACCUGAGACAAAUGUAAAGAACUGUACUUCAUCAUCCUGUUCCCAGUUCCCUUAUGCUCUGUUUUUCAGCAUAUGAAACAUUGAGAAUGUCACAUCUACUACUUCCCUGUUCUUGUUUCGGAUUUGAGAAAUUUGACUAUUUUGCAGCUCAUGUUGCUCAUCUUUAAAGCUAACUGGGGAAAAGUGGUUGAAAUGAGUUAACAAUAUACAGCAACUUUCUAGAGUUCUGAAACCCUUUACAAAUUAACACACAAACGUUAUACAGGUAUCAUUUAGGCCCUGAUCCUGCAAGGACUUAUGCCCAUGACUAAUCUUAACCUCUAGAGUUAAAUGAGACCACUCCAUAGGUUUAAGAUUAAAUACGCAUUUAAAACUUUGUAGGAUCCGCGCCUUACUCUGCUGCUGAAAUGCAGACACUCCAGGGGCUAAGCUGCACAGCAUGCAACCCUUGAAGACAGAAGGUGAAGAGUAUUGCAGCCAAUUGAAUUUGCAGGACAGGAGAUCUCUAAUCCUGCCUCUCAGUUCAUCCUUUUAUAUAAGUCUAAUAACGUUUUCUCCUGUCUGUAAAUAAAAAAACAGUCCUGCUGUUCCACGUAAUGCUGUGUGAUAUUAGUGGUGGGCGCAUUUAUUUGCAGUAUGUGCUCUGGUUCAACAUGUCUUCCACUUAAUUCCUAAUUUAAUUUAAUUUAAUUCUGGCCUUACACAUUUUGUCUCAUUGGUAAUUUGUUACACUUUCAAACUAACAUCUUUCCAUUUAAACCUUUUGAUGUGUUUUUGUCCUUUUGAUAUCUGGAAUAGCUCUACAAAUGUAAUAAACUUGUUUUCUAGACCAA